GCGCUCGCACACGGAGAAAAUCCUUUUGCCUGUUGAUUUAUGGAAACAAUUAUGAUUCUGCUGGAGGAUUUCUCAGCUGAGAAGUAGUUUGUAGCUACAGAGAGGCUCAAGUUGCACGAGGCAGACAGCAGACACGGAACUCUUGUGUACCCAGCUGUUCUAAACAGAACAAAAAUCAAGUAGCAAACAGCACUGCAGCAACUGGCCUUGGUUGCAACCUGUUUUUAUACGGAUCUAUCAACUGUGUUACUGAGGAGGAACCCUGCUAUUGGUAUCAGAAGCUGAAAGAUUAACAGGCUAACAGGUUGGAAAGAUCAGCUGCUUUUUUCUCAAAUCAAUCUACAGUUCCCGGAUAGGAGUAGCAAUCAACUCAAGAUUCGGUUCUCAUUAUGUUAUUCAUGAACACCCGGAGCACUACACUAUAAUGCGCAAAUGGAUACUGACAUGGAUCCUGCCAACUCUGCUCUACAGGUCAUGCUUCCAUCUCGUCUGUCUAGUGGGCACUAUAUCUUUAGCUUGCAAUGACAUGAGUCCAGAGCAAACGGCUCCGAAUGUGAACUGUUCUAGCCCUGAGCGACACACACGAAGCUAUGAUUACAUGGAAGGAGGGGAUAUAAGGGUGAGAAGACUGUUCUGUCGCACACAGUGGUAUCUGAGGAUUGACAAACGAGGCAAAGUGAAAGGGACCCAGGAGAUGAAGAACAGUUACAACAUCAUGGAAAUCAGGACCGUGGCAGUUGGAAUUGUGGCAAUUAAAGGGGUGGAAAGUGAAUACUAUCUUGCAAUGAACAAAGAAGGAAAACUCUAUGCAAAGAAAGAAUGCAAUGAAGACUGCAACUUCAAAGAGCUCAUUCUGGAAAACCAUUAUAACACGUAUGCAUCAGCUAAGUGGACACACAGCGGAGGGGAAAUGUUCGUGGCCCUAAAUCAAAAGGGGCUUCCUGUCAAAGGGAAGAAAACAAAGAAAGAACAAAAAACAGCCCAUUUUCUUCCGAUGGCAAUAACCUAAUCGUACACGGUGUUCGAGAAACCAGUUUCACUCAGCAGGGAGAUUUCUUUCCAGUGGACUUUUUUCUUCUUUCUGUUUUCUUACUCUCUCUCUCUCUCUCUCUCUCUCUCUCUCUCUCUUUUAAAGUAACCAAGAAAGGCUGGAAAACUACUGAAAAACUGAUCAAGCUGGACUUGCGCAUUUUUGUUUAUUUUAAAAGACUGCAUUAAAGAAAGAUUUGAAGAAUAUACACAAAAAUCAGAUUUAGUAACUAAAAGUUGUAAAAAGUUGUAAAAGUGGUUGUACAAUCAUAAUGUUAGUGACGUGGUGUUUUUCUUAAAUUAAUUUACCCGUAAGAGUAUGUUAGAUUUGACUAUCUGAUAAUGAAUAUUUAAUAUCACUAUCUGCUUAUAGAAUGGCUGCUAUAAUAAUAAUAAUAAUAAUGAUAAUGCAGAUGAUGUUAGAUAAGGUAUGUCAGACCUAAAGGCUGCUGGGAUGUCCUGUCAGGUGAUCAAGCCCACACAAAUUGUCGACGAUGAGCAGUGUUUGAAAGCUUUCCAGUAAGAAGUAUAAUCCACUUCAGCUCUAUUCAGAAAAAAAAAUGAAUGUUCUCAACUUUUUUUUUUAUCAUAGAAUGAAAUCUAUAGGUGGUUUUACAAAAUUACAGGCUUGGAACAUACCUGUGCUGAUUAACAUGAAAAAAAAUUGUAACCCCACUCAAAUUGAACAGGUAUUGCUAACAGAAUGUUUCAAAAAUCUGUACAUAAAAUAGCAGUGAUGAUAAUAUGUACUUCAUCUCACCACAAAAUAACAUUUUAUAAUCCCUAAAAAUAAAAUUCAGAAAUCUUUACUUUUUUUUUUUUUCAAAUAACAUAAUCUAUCUUUUGUAUAAGUCACAUUUUGGGAACACAACUUUUAGUAAUGUUCUUCCCACAAAUAUCAUGCUUCCC